AUGAAGCAACGGAUUGGAGUUUUCUCACUGAUUGCAGUCAACGUUGACGGUCAAACGCCUUCGUCCACGCGACCACCGCCGUCGGAGUCUUGGUAUUUUCAGAACGCAAGCAGUUUUGUCACUGUUUCCGACCGGGCGUUCGUCGCCAGUGCUGGCGUCUCUCUCACGCUGACUUUCACCUACUGCAAUGAGGAUGGACUGCUCGUGUACAGCGAAACGAAAUCGAACGAAUACUUUGGAUUCGGCAUUAGCAACGACUAUGUACUUGUGCAGUUUCGCCGAGGAAUCAGAACUACAGAGGUUGCCUCUUCGUCUCCGUUGGAGAGAGGCCGAGAAUACACAGUUAGCAUUACUGGUUUGUCAUCUGAAAACGCCAGUUUGGCUAUUGUUGUAGAUGGAGUAGCAAACCACGGGGCUCCUUCAUCGGAUGACGUGUUUUCUUUCAACAGAGUGAAUGAGCUGUUUAUUGGUGGAGCAAGGGAUCUGAAUCGAAUAGAGAUUCCUCGUCUCCGUCAUGUCCUGGAUGCAUGCAUCUUGUCUGUUGAAACUGCAAGUCAUGUCCUCAGUUUUUCUUCUGCCACACUGAACAAUGUGCAACAUGGAUGUCCACCUGAUCAUUGCAAAGCAACCGUGCCGUCUUCUGUGUCUCUGUACAGUAAUGAGUCAUAUUUAGCAUUUCAUAUAGUCAACUCUCAAGCUUCUCAAAGCACAAAAGUAUCUAUCAAGUUUCAGACAAAGUAUCCCAAUGGAUUGCUCUUUUACAUCGGUCAAGCAAACGGUGAACAUACAAUGGCAUAUCUCGCUGAUGGUAGAGUUGUAUUGAGUUUAAACUUGAUGCCACCAUCUGCAAGUGUUGUCGGAAUGUCAAGUCGUCGGUAUAAUGACGGAGACCAAUAUGAGCUGGUUGUUGAGAGGCUUGGUGUUACAGACGCUAAAGUGACGAUUAUGGAUUCCCAAGAGCGAUCAGCAGAGACCAGUUUUAAUGUGAAUUUUGGCGGUGAGUGUGAACACAAGCUAAUGGUGCUGGAGUUGGCUUAUGGUUUUGUAACAGGAUGCAACGUGGUAGUGUUUGAUGCUCAGAAUCCCGUUUACGUCGGCGGCAUCCCAGACCCUGGACGUCCUCCAUCAUCAAACAUACCUCUUAUUGCUGUACAGUCAUUUCGUGGAUGUCUUGCAGACUUUCGUUUUACCGACAGCGAUGACGGUCUAGCUCCAUUAUUACUACAUAAUUUCACAUCAGCGUCUCAGUCAAGGGCAGUUACACAUGGGCGGUGCCUUUCUACAGCUGUGUGCUACCCGCCGUGUUCUACUCCGAGUGAAAGAUGUGAUUUUAUAUGUGAGUGUGCUGACGGCUUUGAAAAGCAGCUUGAUGUUUGUGUGAACACUGAUGAGUGUGCGUCUAGCCCUUGUCAGAACAGGGGAACAUGCUCCGAUAGUAUCAAUGGGUUUAACUGUAGUUGCCAUGAAGAAUACAAGGGAAUCACGUGUGAGAAGAGAGACAACUGUGUUCCGAAUUCAUGUCACAAUGGAGCAACAUGUCUAGAUGGUGCAUCCGGGUACACAUGCCUGUGUGCACCAGGCUACACAGGAACGAACUGUAGCGUCAAUGUGGACGAGUGUGGCUCCAAUCCCUGUGUGAACGGUAAUUGUACCGAUCUGAUUGACAGUUACCAAUGCCAAUGCAAACUCGGUUUUACUGGGGCACACUGUGAGUCGGACAUAGACGAAUGUUUGUCUUCGCCGUGUGUCCAUGGUUCUUGCUUUGAUUUGGAAGAUAGUUUUGUUUGCAAUUGUGAUGACGGAUACACUGGCAGCCAGUGUAGAGUUGAUAUUGACGAAUGCAUGUCUAAUCCCUGUGGUAAUGGUAUAUGUCGAGAGAUGGCUCCUGGGAACGGUGUCAUGUGUUUCUGUAGGAGUGGUUACUACGGUACUCACUGUGAGUUAGAGUAUGAUGAGUGUUUAUCUCAACCUUGCAAGAAUGGCGGCAUAUGCGUUAACGAAGUUGGCGAUUUUAGUUGUAACUGUAUGGGUGGAUACACAGGCAAAGACUGUUUUAUCGAAGUCGAUGAGUGCACUUCAAGUCCAUGUGUCAAUGGUGGCAGUUGCAUUGACUUGGUCAAUAGAUACAUGUGCCAGUGCUCUUUGGAGUUUACUGGCCCCAAUUGUGACAUCAACGUGAAUGUAUGUCAGUCAAGUCCGUGUCGUAACAAUGGAACGUGUCGUGACCAGUUAAGAGGUUUUCAGUGUGAGUGUGCUGGUGGGUACACGGGAGAGCUGUGUGGGAUAGAGAUCGAUGAAUGUCGGUCGGCUCCCUGUCUUAACGAUGGAACAUGUUGGGAAAGGGUAGAUGGAUAUAUGUGUACAUGUUUAGCUGCUUACACAGGAACGACAUGUGACGUGGACGUCAACGAGUGUGAAUCAAAUCCGUGUGAUAAUGGUGGAACUUGUGUGGAUGAUAUUGGCAGUUAUAACUGUACAUGUGCUUCUGGCUAUGAAGGCAUCAACUGCGAUCAAGAUGUUGACGAGUGUUUGUCAGAGCCGUGUCUCAAUGGAGCAACAUGCAUUGACGAUGUUGAUUCAUUUAGCUGCGUCUGCCCUGUGUUCUUCACUUCUACUCUUUGCAAUGUAGACAUAAAUGAAUGUAGCACUAAUCCAUGUGUCAAUCAAGGGACAUGUAAUGAACUUAGUAUUCCAACGUUAAACACAACGUUUAAUGCAUCCGAGUGGCGUGGAUAUGAGUGUGUGUGUAUUGGAGGUUACGUGGGAUACAACUGUGAAUCAGAGGUUGACGAAUGUUCUUCUCGUCCGUGUCUAAAUGGAGGCACAUGUACAGAUGGCUUCCAGUCAUACACGUGUUCUUGCCCUGUUGCUUUUACAGGAACAACAUGUGAGACGGUCAUUCAAGUAACAUACGAUGGUCUGACGUACUCAAUACUGCAGACUCCACUCAGUGGAAUGAGACAAAUUGUCAUUGAGUUUGACUUUGUGACAAGUCUUUCUGAUGGUAUUAUAUUCUUCAACGGAGGCCUCGGAAGUGGAAGGUUGAAUGAUAUGGAUCACAUAGCUGUUGAACUAGUUAAGGGACAGAUUCGCAUAACCUAUAAUACGGGCACCGUGGAUGGAAUUGUGAGCACAGAAAUUGGUGAGAAUUUAAACGACGGUCGAUUUCACCAUGUGCAUGUCAACUCGCUAGCACCAACUGUGACUAUUACAUUGGAUCGUAAUGUGUGUGACUCAACUCUCAGCUCUGGUUGUCGUGCAACUGUUCAAUCGCAUCAAACAUUCAGUAGCUUGAACUUGAAAUAUCCUCUCUUCUUUGGCGGUGUUGAUGCCGCAGUCGCCAAUUCUGAUCCGUACUUGCUUAGUGCAGUUGGCAUGACAGGCUGCAUUAGGAAUGUGUAUGUAAACAGUCAACUGCUAGACCUACUGGGUGAUGGAAAUGACAGUCUGCCAGUACCUGGAUGUCGUACGUCAUCACCGUGUGACUCACAGCCUUGUUCCAAUGGUGCCACUUGUAUUGAUCUGUGGGAUGAUUUCACAUGCAGUUGUGCUGUCGGAUUUAAUGAUGAAGACUGUCAGCUGCAAACUACUGCUAACUUUCUUGACAACCAAGGGCUUCAUUUUAUGCCAUCGUCCAUCUUUUCUGUUUCAUUGGAAUUUGUUACGGUUGUGAAUGAAGGAGUUUUGUUCUACAUUGCCGACAACAACAGUGACUCGGACCACUUGGCUAUUGAACUGGGCAGUCAAGCUCUUUAUGUGACUGUCACAUCAAAUGGAUCUGUGUUGAAUGACUCGAUAUUGUGCAAUAUAUCCAAUGAUGAUUGGCAGCAUAUAUCUGUGACAGUCAGUGGCACGGCUUUAGAAACUCGAUUACAGUCUUCUACUUGUCUUCACUCUGCAAGCAGCUCUUUGACUCUUGUACAGCCUUUAGCAUCAGUAAUCUUUCUCGGCAGUUUACAGAAUUUUGUUGCAGAUUUUGUUCGUCUUUCUACGGCUGUGAAAUCAACAUCAGGGAUUAAUGGCUGUGUUCGCAAUGUUACCAUCAAUGGUGUUUUGCAAGAUCUUCAAUCACCAUCUAUUUCUUAUUCUGAUCAUGAUCCACCAUCUGCAACUGCAGGAUGCAGGAGAGAUGAAAUGUGUGCUGCUAAUCCAUGCAGAAAUGGUGGUGUCUGUGUAGCACACUGGAUGGGUUAUAACUGUGAUUGCCAGACUGAUUACCAAGGCGCAGUUUGCGAGGAAGUUGCACCUGCAUCGUUUAAUGGAAACGCAAGUGUGGCUCAAUUUAAAGUUCACGAGUCUGUGGGGUUUUCUGCCACAUCCGGCUCUUUAAGCUUUCGAACACGUGAUUUCGAUGGAACUCUUUUACAUGCCGGUUGGCAGCCAACAAGUAUUGGCAGGACGACAGAUGACUACUUUAGUCUUGAAAUAGCAGGUGGUCAUGUAAACUUGGCAGUUCACUUGGGACAAGGGGCUAGCAGAGUUACUGUGACACAGACAGUGUCCGAUGGACAAUGGCAUGCAGUGCAGUGGAAACGAUCUAAUAGAGAAUUUUUCCUGACACUGGAUUCUAAUUUCACUGUGCAAGGUGUGACACCAGGCAACUUUACGAGACUGGAUGUGCAGAGAAAUGGAUUUACAUACGUUCACAUUGGAGGCAUUGAAGACUACAGUGGCAUUAGCAAUGAAGAGUCAUUGUCCCAAGAUCAUUUUGAAGGAUGCAUAGUCAAUGUGUCAUUUGAUGGUCAGGAUGUGAAGUUCUUCUCAUCUGAACCUUCCAUUCAAUCUGAUUUAACAGAUGUCUUGUCAGGAUGUAGACAACGAAAUGCUUGUUUGGAUGUACCCUGUACCGUUCAUGGUGUUUGUUACGACACGUGGGGUGCACGAGUGUGUAUGUGUGAUGAAGGAUUUAGUGGAGUUGAUUGUGAAGUGAACAUUGAUGAAUGUAUGUCGAAACCUUGUCAAAACAAUGGUACAUGUACAGAUGGAAGUGGAUCAUACAGUUGCACUUGCAAAGGAAAAUUUACCGGGACUAAUUGCGAGUUAGAUCUACGGUUUUGUGACUCAAGUCCAUGUCAGAACUCUGGCACAUGCCAAGAACUGGCUGCAACGUACCGUUGUCUUUGCAUGGCAGGCUACACUGGUUUAGAGUGUGAGGCAGAUGUGGAUGAGUGUGACUUAUCACCAUGUCUAAAUGAUGGAACAUGUAUGAACAAGCAUGGUACCUUUACAUGUAUGUGUCCUGUUGGAUUCACAGGUUUGCACUGUGAGACGAACAUUGAUGAUUGUGCAUUGAUUGAUAUGUGUCAGAACAAUGCAACUUGUGUUGAUGGCAUAAACUCUUAUUCUUGUGUGUGCAUGCCAGGAUUUUCUGGUCUUGAUUGUGACUCAGAACUUGAUGAGUGCAUCAUCUACAGUCCAUGUAACAAUGGGACAUGCAUUGAUGAAAUCAAUGGAUACAGAUGUGUCUGUCCUUCAGGAUUGACAGGUAGAAACUGCAGUAUGGAUAUCAAUGAGUGCAUAUCAUUACCGUGCAUGAAUGGAGGUAUGUGUAGAAAUGAUGUAAGCAGAUAUGACUGUUUCUGUGCUGAUGGAUUUGCAGGUAUGGACUGCGAGACCGAGAUAAAUGAGUGUGCAUCAAACCCUUGCCAGAACAGUGGCACGUGUAGAGAUCUUGUGGGACACUUUGUCUGUGACUGUCAAAUAGGGUACACAGGCUACAGCUGUGAGAAUAAUAUGACUGAGUGUGUGUCUAAUCCAUGUCAAAAUGGAGCAAUGUGUCACAACGGAAUAGCAGAGUAUGUAUGUUCUUGCUUGCCUGGAUACACAGGGAGGCUGUGUGAGGUAGAAAUUGAUGAGUGUGCAUCUCUGCCGUGUGUAAACGAAGGAAACUGUACCGACUCCGUGUCACAUUUUGUCUGCAUGUGCCACCAGGGGUAUACUGGCAUAUUUUGUGAAACAAAUGUGGAUGAUUGUGUGACCAAUAUGUGUGUCAAUGGGACAUGUAGAGAUGGGAUAACCGGCUACAGCUGUCUUUGUUCCAAUGGCUUUACUGGCUCUCUUUGUGACAUUCAAAUCAAUGAAUGUUUUAGUAUGCCAUGUCAGAAUGGAGGGACAUGUACAGAUUUGGUGGGUGGAUAUGAAUGUGCUUGUACUAGUGGAUGGUUUGGUGUGACGUGUGAGACUAAUGUCGAUGAGUGUGCAUCAAGUCCAUGUCAGAACAAUGGGUCUUGUGUAGACACCACAUCAGGCUACCGAUGUAUGUGCUUAAAUGACUACACUGGUCAUCACUGUGACAUUGAACUGGCCGAAUGUGAUGCAGUGCCAUGUCAAAACGGAGGUAGCUGUAUGGACACAUUGGAUGGCUACAUCUGCUCCUGUGUGGUUGGUUACACAGGAAUCAACUGUGAAACGGAUAUCGACAAUUGUUCUGUAUCGUAUUGUUUGAACAACGGAACGUGUAAGGAUGGAGUCAAUAGUUUCUCGUGCGUGUGUCAAGAUGGAUUCACUGGUGCUAGUUGUGAAGUCAAUGUGGAUGAAUGCAGUGGUAUGCCGUGCAGAAAUGGGGGUACAUGUAUUGAUACUUUUGGAGGCUUUAGAUGUGUGUGCACUGACAGUUUUACUGGAGAGUUUUGUCAGGAUAACUUCAAUGAAUGUGACUCAAACCCUUGCCAUAAUGGUGGUAUCUGUCAAGAUAUGGGCAAUCGGUUUGAAUGCUUUUGCAGGUUUUCAUAUACGGGACACUUUUGUGAGUUGUCUGUUGAUUUAUGUUCUCACACUGUGUUGCCUUGUAAUGGUCAUGGCAUCUGCAAUAGUGGACAUGGAACAUUCACAUGUAACUGCUCUUUGGGAUACACGGGAUCUCGUUGUGAAGUUAACAUUAACGAAUGUGAGUCUCGUCCGUGUUUAAACGGAGCAACAUGCUUGGAUGGCAUUGGCCAGUUUUUCUGUCAGUGUCCGCCUAUGUUUACAGGCAUACAGUGUGAGAGUGAAAUAGAUGACUGUCGGUCACAACCAUGUCAGAAUCAAGGGACUUGUUUUAGAGACUCAAAUGGAUUUACUUGUGACUGUCUGGAUGCCUACACAGGCAUGAUGUGCGAGACAGAAAUUGAUGAAUGUGCUAGUUCUCCUUGUAUUAAUGGUUCUUGUGUAGACGACAUUGGUGGAUAUGUAUGUAUCUGCGUGAAUGGGUUUACUGGAGUAGACUGUGACUUGGAAAUUGAUGAAUGUUUGUCUAAUCCGUGUUUCCAAGGGACUUGUCGUGAUGAAAUAGGUCAGUAUGUAUGUAUUUGUCCUGAAGAUGCGACUGGAACUUCCUGUGAAACAGAAGUUACUGCUUGUCAGGCAUAUCCAUGUCAAAAUAAUGGGACUUGUAAUGAAACGGAGAGUGGAAACUACACAUGCACAUGCGAAGAUGGCUAUGAAGGAAGAAACUGUCAAACUGAGGUCAACGAAUGCCUGACAUUGCAACCAUGCAGAAAUGGGACAUGCAGAGAUCUAGUAAACAACUACGAGUGUACCUGCUCUGAAGGAUUCACAGGAAAAGAUUGUGAAACUAACAUUGAUGACUGUCAACCAGAUCCAUGUUUGGGCAAUGGAAUUUGCAGUGACAAGGUCAAUGGUUAUGAGUGUGAGUGUCUACUUGGUUUUACUGGCUCAAAUUGCGGAACCGAUGUAAAUGAAUGCGAUUCAUUUCCUUGCUGGAAUAGAGGUAGCUGUGUUGACCAUAUUGACAGUUUUACAUGUGUUUGUCUUGAAGGAUACUCUGGUGAUGUAUGUCAGACAGAGCUAAUACAGAUUGACAAUUGCAUGUCAAAUCCUUGUGUUAAUGGCACUUGCCUGCACCAAGCUGAUGGCUACACUUGUAAUUGUUCGGUUGGGUUUACUGGAAGUGCUUGCGAUUCAGAGCUUGAUGAAUGUUUAUCAAAUCCAUGUGUUCGUGGCACAUGUGUAGACCAGGUCAAUGGAUAUUAUUGCGAUUGCUCUAGUGGAUCAAGUGGGCUACACUGUGAAGUGGACAUUGAUGAAUGUGAUAGUAAUCCUUGCCAAAACAGUGGAAGCUGCAUUGACCAAGCAAAUGGUUUCUUGUGUCAAUGUCUAAAUGGAUUUACAGGUUCUAGUUGUGAAACAAAUGUGAAUGAAUGUGAUUCUAACCCGUGCAUGAAUGGAACAUGCAUUGAUGAUGUUGACGCUUUUAAUUGCACCUGUCAAGCUGGAUUUACAGGACCAUUAUGCAGUGUCAAUGUCAACGAGUGUGCAUUUGGCCCGUGUAGAAACAAUGGCACUUGCACUGAUUUAGUCAAUGACUAUAGCUGUAACUGCACUCACGGCUUUUUUGGAAAGAGCUGUGAAACAAAUGUAGAUGAUUGCAAGUCUAACCCUUGUCAGAACAAUGGCACCUGCACAGACAUUGUAGGUGGAUACAUUUGUGUAUGUCCUACUGGUAUUACCGGUAGUGACUGCCAUGAAGAAAUAGAUGAAUGCAGAUCACGUCCUUGCCAUUACAAUGGCACUUGUCAAGAUGGUUUGAAUGGUUUUAGUUGUUUAUGCCAGUUAGGAUACACAGGUGAUCAAUGUGAAACUGAUAUCAAUGAGUGUUCAUUGAAUUCCUGUCUUAACAAUGGGACUUGUCAGGACCAAGUUAAUGGUUACAAUUGUGUAUGCCAUUUAGGGUACACGGGCAAUCAGUGUGAGACUGAUAUCAAUGAGUGUGGAUUGAAUUCCUGUUAUAACAAUGGAGCAUGUGAGGACCAAGUUAAUGGUUACAAUUGUGUAUGCCAUUUAGGAUACACGGGCGAUCAGUGUGAGACUGAGAUUGAUGAGUGUGGAUUGAAUUCCUGUCUUAACAAUGGAACGUGUGAGGACCAAGUUAAUGGUUAUAAUUGUUUGUGUCAUGAUGGGUACACUGGUGAAAGCUGUGAAAGUGAAGUGGAUGAAUGCGUGUCUACACCAUGUAUGAACAAUGGUACUUGUCGAGAUGAGACAAAUCGCUACAUUUGUGACUGCAGGUCCGGCUAUUCAGGAAUUCAUUGUGAAACAGACAUUGAUCAGUGUAGCUCAAAGCCAUGUCUAAAUGAUGGCACGUGCAUAGAUGAAGAAAAUGGAUAUGUGUGCACGUGUGCUUCAGGCUUUCAAGGAACAAACUGCUCUGAUAAAUGCAACAUUGGCAUGUUUGGUGAGCAGUGCAGCCAAGUCUGUAGUUGUCAGAAUGGUGCAUUGUGUCAUCACAGGACUGGAGAGUGUAACUGCACAGCUGGUUGGACAGGACACAACUGCUCACAAGCAUGUAUGAAUGGCCAGUUUGGAGUGAAUUGCUCCAACCAGUGUUUGUGUGAAAACAAUUCUACAUGUGAUCGCUUCGAUGGAGCGUGUGCUUGCUCUUCUGGAUACACUGGGAUUUACUGUGAGACAAACAUAGAUGAUUGCAAGGCAAGCCCUUGUCAGAACAAUGGCACCUGCACAGACAUUGUAGGUGGAUACAUUUGUGUAUGUCCUGUUGGUAUUACCGGUAGUGACUGCCAUGAAGAAAUAGAUGAAUGCAGAUCACGUCCUUGCCAAUACAAUGGCACUUGUCAAGAUGGUUUGGCUGGUUUUAGUUGUUUAUGCCAGCUAGGAUACACAGGCGAUCAGUGUGAGACUGAUGUGGAUGAGUGUGAAUUGAAUUCCUGUCUUAACAAUGGAACAUGUGAGGACCACAUUAAUAGUUUCAAUUGUUUGUGUUCUGAUGGUUAUACUGGCGAAAACUGUGAAAGUGAAGUAGAUGAAUGCAUGUCUACACCAUGUAUGAACAAUGGUACUUGCAGGGAGGAGACAAAUCGCUACAGUUGUGGCUGCAGGCUUGGCUAUUCAGGAAUUCAUUGUGAAACAGACAUUGAUGAGUGUAGCUCAAAUUCCUGUCUAAAUGAUGGUACAUGCAUAGAUGAAGAAAAUGGAUAUGUGUGCCUGUGUGCGUCAGGCUUUCAAGGGACUAACUGCUCUGAUGAAUGCAAUAAUGGCACAUUUGGUGAGCAGUGCAGCCAGGUGUGCGGUUGUCAAAAUGGUGCCUUGUGUCAUCAUGUAACCGGUGAGUGCAAGUGCACAGCAGGUUGGACAGGACGCAACUGCUCACAAGAAUGCAGUAAUAGCACGUUUGGUGAACAGUGCAGCCAAGUGUGCAGUUGUCAAAAUGGUGCCUUGUGUCAUCAUGUAACCGGUGAGUGCAACUGCACAGCGGGUUGGACAGGACUCAACUGCUUGCAAGCAUGCAUAGAUAACCGGUUUGGAAUGAAUUGCUCCAACCAAUGUUUGUGCGAGAACAACUCCACGUGUGACCGUUUUAAUGGCUUGUGUACGUGCUCUCCUGGAUUUACCGGGAUCCGUUGUGAAACUAAUAUAGACGACUGCAAUGUGAACAAGUGUCAGAAUAAUGCCACAUGCCUGGACAGUGUCAACACGUUUUCUUGUUCUUGUCAAAAUGGGUACACAGGUGUAUUGUGUGGCGCUGACAUCAACGAAUGUUUUUCUAGUCCGUGUCAUUUCAACAGUACGUGCUUGGAUUAUGUGAAUGGGUAUCAAUGCAUCUGCAGUCAGGGUUAUACAGGAAUCGACUGUUCGACAGAUAUUGAUGAAUGUACAUCUAACCCUUGUUUGAAUUCUGCAUCAUGUGCAGAUGCAACAAAUGGGUACGUUUGCACGUGUUUAAGUGGUUUCACUGGAAUCACAUGUGAAACAGAUAUAGAUGACUGUGUUACGUCUCCUUGCAAGAACGGUAGUACUUGUGUAGAUCAAGUGAAUGGAUACAUUUGUCAGUGUGUGUCUGGCUUUACCGGUACAAACUGUGAUAUCGAGUUUGACGAGUGUAUGUCACAACCUUGUCAGAAUGGCGCUUGUAUCGAUCACGUCAACAGGUAUAGUUGUAAUUGUGUGACUGGAUAUACAGGCACUCUGUGUGAGUCAAACAUUGACGAGUGUGCGUCAUCUCCGUGUAUGAAUACAGGCACAUGCCGAGAUGAUAUCGGUAGAUAUUCAUGUGAGUGCAGAAACGGUUUUACUGGCACUCUGUGUCAGACAGAGCUGCUGGAAUGUCAGUCUCAACCGUGCCAUAACAAUGCCACAUGUCUCGAACUGAUUGAUGGAUAUCAAUGUAACUGCAUCCAGGGUUAUACAGGAAUCAACUGCGCUACUGAAAUCAACGAAUGUGCUUCUAACCCAUGCUUCAAUUAUGGAACUUGCACGGAUAUAAUUGAUGGUUACACAUGCAUGUGUUCAGUUGGUUUCACUGGACUAAUGUGUGAAACAAAUGUAGACGAUUGUGCUGGAUCUCCUUGUCUAAAUGGUAGCACUUGUGUAGACCAAGUGGAUGGAUACAUAUGUCAGUGUGCACCUGGAUUUACUGGCAGCGACUGCGACAGUGAGAUUGACGAGUGCUUGUCACAACCUUGCCAGAAUGGUGCAUGUAUCGAUCUUAUCAACGACUAUAGUUGUAGUUGUGUGGCCGGAUUUACGGGGACAACAUGUGAAACUGACAUUGAUGAGUGUGUAUCAAGUCCGUGUAUCAAUGGGACGUGCAACAAUGGAGUCAAUGGCUAUAUCUGUGCCUGUCCUGUUGGUUACACAGGAUCAACAUGUCAAAUAGAUAUCGACGAGUGCAGUUCGAAUCCAUGCCAAUAUGCUGGUAGUUGCGAGGAUCGUGUGAGUGGAUACACGUGUCGUUGUGUUACUGGAGUGACUGGUAGUCAAUGUGAAGUCGACAUUGAUGACUGCGUGUCUUCUCCGUGUACGAACAAUGGCACUUGUCAAGAUAGCAUCAAUAGCUAUUUAUGUAACUGCAGAGAUGGAUUCACUGGUAGACAUUGUGAGAGCGACGUCGACGAGUGUUCUGUACUGAUACCGUGUCUAAAUUCUGGCAACUGUACUAAUGCUUACGGCAGUUUUCUAUGCAAUUGCAGUUCCACCGGAUUUGAAGGAAUCGUGUGUUCUGACGAUGUAGACGAAUGUCUGAACAAUCAGCACCGUUGUCAGCAUCGCUCAACUUGUGUGAAUGCAGAGGGAGGUUAUCAUUGCACGUGUCUAGAUGGAUUUAUUGGAGAUCUUUGUGAGACGGAUCUUUGUAGUGUAAUUUCUUGUGGAGAAGGCAAGUGUGUUCCUCGACCAGGAGGACAUGAGUGUGAUUGCACUGGAACUGGCAUGAACGGUCCAUCAUGCAAUGUGAUCAUAACUGCUGAAUCUUCGAGUGAUUUCGAUACUGUCAGUAUUGCUGUUGUUGCUAUUGUCAUCAUCGUUGUCCUUAUUGUUGUUAUCAUUGUUGCAAUUGUGAUCUACUUGAAACGAGCUAAGUCUCAUUCGGGAGUCUACAGUCCAAGUGACAACGAAGAAGCACUGGGAAUUAAUAUACUAGAGAGGGAGAGAGAAGAUCACGAAGAGAGGCUCAUAUAGUGCUACAAUGCAGAAAAAUUAUGUGGGGUCAGUGAUUACUAAAGACAAUUUGCUGCAUAGUUGUUAUUAAUUAAUUCUGUGAUUAAUUGAUUAAUUAAUUAAGCAGAAAGUUGGGGUUAACGAUCGAGAGCUGUGACAACUCGUAAUAAGAAUGACACUAUAGACAACUUUUACAGUGUUUGUAAACUGUGUUUGCACUACCUGGUGUAAGACUGUUUCUACAAUCAAACAUCAA